UCCCAGCAUCCCUUCCUGCGGAAGCAGCCGCCUCAGUAGUGAGUGUAGCUGCCACUGUCACUGACAGGUCUUAAAUUCACCCCUGCAGUGCUCCGGCUGGCUGAUGCCUCGGUAACUCCACUGCCAGGUCUGGCCAUUGGAAGUCUCUUUGGAGACCGGGGAACGAAGCAGACGGUGAAGAUUUCUUUUGGUUUUAUGUUAAGGAAGGACUCCUCUUUCAGUUGUUUUUUUAAAAAAGAUCUGGUAGGAGAGAGAGAGAGAGACAUCUUCACAGUGGAACGUGUUCUUUCCUCUGAAGUUACUGCUGCCAUUAGCCUGUCUCCAUCAGACAUGGCAACCAGCGGCUUUCACUUUGUACCGUGUGACACCAAACGGACUUCCAGACAGCUGGGAGCGCCUGCUGUGGGAAGAGCAGAAGGUUCAUCAGCCAAGGUGGAUCUCAAGAGCGGCUUGGAGGAGUGUGCAGCGGCGCUGAACUUGUUUCUCAGUAACAGAUUCAAAGAUGCCUUAGAGUUGCUUCGCCCAUGGGCCAAGGAGAGCAUGUACCACGCCUUGGGCUACAGUACUAUUGUGGUGUUGCAGGCUGUCAUGACCUUUGAGCAACAGGACAUCCAGAAUGGCAUUUCCGCCAUGAAGGACGCUUUACAAACGUGCCAAAAAUACAGGAAGAAGUGCACAGUUGUGGAGUCCUUCUCCAGUCUCCUUUCUCGGGGGUCACUGGAACAACUGAGUGAAGAGGAGAUGCAUGCCGAAAUCUGUUAUGCCGAGUGUCUCCUACAGAAAGCAGCACUCACGUUUGUGCAGGAUGAAAAUAUGAUCAACUUCAUCAAAGGUGGACUCAAAAUUAGAACAAGUUACCAAAUAUAUAAAGAGUGCCUUUCUAUCCUGCACGUCAUUCAGAAGAACAAAGAAGAGCAGCAUUUCUUCUACGAGUUUGAAGGAGGAGUCAAGCUUGGAACGGGGGCCUUUAAUUUGAUGCUGUCUCUUUUACCAGCAAGAAUCAUCCGAUUACUAGAAUUUAUUGGAUUUUCUGGAAACAGGGACCUGGGCCUUCUGCAGCUACGGGAAGGUGCAUCAGGAAGCAGCAUGCGGUCCCCACUCUGUUGCCUUACAAUUCUGGCUUUCCAUACCUACAUUUCCCUGAUUCUCGGUACAGGAGAAGUGAAUGUUGCGGAAGCAGAGAGUCUCCUUGCACCGUUCCUUCAGCAGUUCCCAAAUGGCUCCCUCAUCCUCUUCUAUCAUGCCCGAAUCGAGCUGCUGAAAGGCAACGCUGAAAAGGCUCAAGAAACAUUUCGAAAAUGCAUUUCAGUUCAAGAAGAGUGGAAACAGUUUCACCAUCUUUGUUACUGGGAAUUAAUGUGGAUUUAUAUAUACCAACAAAAUUGGAUGCAGGCGUAUUACUAUUCAGAUCUACUUUGCAAAGAGAGUAAAUGGUCCAAGGCAACAUAUGUGUUCUUGAAAGCUGCCAUUUUGAGCAUGCUUCCAGAGGAAGAAGUGGCAGUGACUAAGGAGAAUGUAGUGUCUCUGUUCAGACAGGUAGAUGGCUUGAAGCAGAGAAUCGCCGGGAAAUCUCUCCCAACCGAGAAGUUCGCUGUGAGGAAGGCUCGGAGGUACUCUCCCUCUUCGGGUGUCCCAGGAAAACUCGUCUUGCCAGCCCUGGAAAUGAUGUACGUCUGGAACGGCUUUUCAAUAGUGGGCAAAAGAAAGGACCUUUCUGAAAACCUCUUGGUGACUGUGGAGAAGGCUGAAGAGGCCUUACAAAAUCAAAACUUUACUGACUACUCCGUGGACGACGAAUGCUUGGUGAAGUUACUGAAAGGAUGUUGCCUCAAAAACUUACAGCGGCCCUUGCAAGCCGAGCUGUGUUUCAACCAUGUUUUGGAAAGUGAGAAGCUAUUGAAGUAUGACCACUACCUGGUGCCAUUCACUCUGUUUGAGUUGGCAUUUUUGUAUAAAAGUCAAGGGGAAAUCGACAAGGCCAUCAAGGUCCUCGAAACCGCAAGAAACAACUACAAAGAUUACUCCUUGGAGUCCAGACUACACUUCAGAAUUCAAGCAGCUCUUCAUCUCUGGAAGAAGCCAUCCUCAGAUUGAUCCAGAAGACGCAGGAUGGAAUCUUGCCCCCCAGUUAACGUUGACUCUUGCUGUGGAGAUCAGCUCGUGUCAAAUAAGAAACAGAAAAGCUGUUGCCAGGCCCUUCCUGCCACCAGAGUGACUUAUUGUUGGUCUACAUACGCUCCCCUAUGGAAGGACAUUCAGUACUAUAUAGAAAUUCUUAUACUCUGCCUUUGAAAAGGACUUCACGCUAGAUUUCAAUUGAGGGGUCACGUCUUUUAAAAGACUGGCAGGUACAAUAAAGCCUAGUUAGAUUAUUUAUUUUUUUAAUGUAAAAAUGAAUAUUGUUCAAGUAGCAAAUGGCUUUAUCACCUGAGCCAUUUUUAGAUUGGCUUGUCCUUUAAACCUCAGAUAUUUUACUGCUGUUUAAAUCUCAGAGAGUAAAUAAAUAUCACACCUCUAAUAAUACAACAGUGGGUUUGUGAAGAUUCUGGAAGGGGGAGUGGAGGUCCUGAGGUGGGUACAGUGUUCCUAGGCAGAAGGGACUUGUAUCUCUACAUGAUGUUACAGUCGUAAGUUUCAGGGUUUCCAGUUGGUUGAAGGUGGUGGCAUUUUUCAGAAACUAUCCUGUAUUUGAAUGUACUCAUUUCAGAUCCAAUAAUAGCAUUCAAUCAUCUAGACACACUUCUUAUGAAUCUAAGGGAAGAAAAAGCUGUCCUUUAGAACUCCCUACCCUUAGCGCUGAAGCCUGAAAUACAGACUUGCAUUACGGUUUCUUAUAGGAAGGGAAAUCCUUGUUGCUUUAAAUGAUACAGAAACUAUCAGUGAUUUUUACAGUUAUGAUGCUGCUGACCCAGUGCUGAUGGUUCCUUUUAAAUAUUUGGGCUGCAUUUGGUUCUCUGAGUAGGAAACAGAAUCAGAGGGUGAACAGAUGCCUUUCUGGAGUCCCAACCUCUGUGAAUUACUAUUUGUGAAUUAGAGCUUCCUCAUUCUAUGUUGUUGGCUUUAAAGUUCUCUUUGAAAUUUCAUAACUGAAUAUGUGUAUUAGAUGUUUUCAGCAAUGUUUAGCAUUUAAUCACAACUCUUUCCAUUAGAAUAUAUUUUUUUCCAUCUGUCUCUUGUCUCCCAAUCAACGGCCGAUCAGUAGUAGGUGUUAGAGCUGAGGGCCGGAUUCCAGCCAGUGACAACCCAGUUACUUUGUCUGUGAGUCUGAGCUUUUGUCUCAUUUCUGUUAUUUCAAAGGCCAGUGACCUGGCUAGACAGUAGAUGGAUCCAUCUUUCCUAGACAGAGCCCCAAGGUCGUAGUUCGGAGUCCCGCUCUGUUAGCCAAUAGCAACAUAAGCAAGUAACUUACCCUUUCUAGGACUUGGCUUUUCCAGUGGGAAUGGCAAGGUAGCACUCUCUGCCUAAGGCCUCAGGUCAUGGUCCAUUUGGUAGCUUUCUGUCCGUCGGGGAAGCAGUAUACAUAGGAGUGAGUUUGAGCCUUGUGCAUGGAUUACCUCUAGGAUCAGCUGAGUCUUUGCUCUCUGCUCUACAAUGAAAUGGAUGUGACAUUCAAAACCUUUCAGUUUAUUAAUUUAUGCAUCUAGCACUGACAGAGGCCAGAUUGUGGAGUCGCUCCCACUCUUCUGUACUGCAGUUCCAGUGCUCAGCAGGCCCUGGUGUCGGGUUACUUGGGUACCAUUUCUUGAUCAACCUUGAGGAAGGUGAUUAAUACACUUUGAGUCAGAGGACCAUCCCUUCAGAUAACAUGGAAACAACUAUCAUUAUAUCUCAUUAAUAUGAAUGACACAACUGGCUCCAGAUAUAAGGGGAAACAAAUUGUCAUGAGCUAUAGAAAUAUGUUUAAUAAUUAUAUUUCUUUGAAGAAAGUUUACAAAUUCUUUAGAAGAGCUUUGGUAACUUUUUUAAAAUGUAAUAUUUUCAUACUAUUAAAGAAUAUGGUGGGGUGUGGUGGCACACACUGUUAAUUCUAGCACUUGGGGGCUGGAGCAGGCAGAUCUCCAGGUUUGAGGCCAGCCCGGUCUAUCUUCAAAACACAAACCAACCAAACAAAAAUACCUAUAUUUUAUGAGAAAUUAUCAAAGCUCAUGGUCUGUAAAUCCCCAUUUCUGAUGUAAAAUGAAGUAAUUAAGCUAAAAAUGACUGUUUUAGGGACUGGAGAAUGGCCCAGAAGUUAAGGACACCUUCUGCUUUUCCAGAGGGCCAGAGUUUGUUUCCCAGCACCUAUGUCAGGCAGUUCUCAACUGUCUGUAACUUCAGAAGAUCUGACACUCAUUCUGGCCUCUGUAGACACCCCAACAUACAUUCACAUAGAAACAGACAUCACAUAAGCAGACAAGAAAUCUUUUUUUUUAACGAUUACUUUUACAUUAUCAAACAAAUUUACUUGUACUAUUAUAUUUUAUUUUGUGGUUUUCUUUUGUUUAUUACUGCUCAUAUCCUCUCUGUCAGCAGUGUGGACUAACUAUCUAUCCAGUAUAGAUAUCCUUUAUAAAUACUGCAACAGAAUUAAUACCACAGACCUUUACCUAUUUUCUGUCAUGUUCAAGAUACUGUAGUGGCAUGGAUUUCUUAGGAUGUUUGUAAGAAUCGUCCUUUAAAUCUGUUGUGACUUAGGAUGCUUUGUGAAGAGCAAGGGCCUGAGAGACAACGCUAUCUACUCAUCCUUUUGAAGGCACAGGAGUAGGCUGGGUUUCCAGUCUGUUUGAUGCAGUUUCUGUAGCUGCCAGCAAAGGCAGUGUUCUGUAAAUAUAAGGAUUGUGUUUCAGACCCUUGGGAAGGAGCGCCUGAUUCCUGCUGGACAGGAAUGGAAGGAUAACUACACCAACUCCCGGGUAUAUUUGACCACAUGCCCCCCUUUUAUGUAGGAGACGUUCCCAAGUACAGGUCAGUGGCUUUCCAUUGGUCUGAGGCCAGGAGGAGACAAGUAGGUAGGAAGGAGCUAAGGUGGAUAAAUUUCAGACUCCUGGGUGUGAAGGACAAUCCGCAGCCAUUAGUACAAUCCAAGAGUCCAACCAGCUCCUUGGGGAAGGAGUGAAAGGAGUUCUGAGUGGCUGUCAUUCCUUCCUGGUCUGAGUGUCUGUCUGGACUAAUUGAAUUGGAGGUCAGCUCAUUUUACAGUUCUUUGAUCAGGGUCUAAAAUCUGAGGUGUGGGAAGAUAAAAAGCAGGUGCCCUCUCUUCAAAUAGAAGAACACAUUCCUUGUCAGGCAUUCUACUGUGAUGGACACUCACAGCAUCUGCUGGUAAUGUUGGCCAUGGGUCUGGCUCCUCUGACCCGUGCCAUGCAUUGUGGGUAGAUCUUUGUCAGUAGAGCCCUGUUCCCUGGACAGUAAAAUAGUUAAAAAAAGGGUUUAUGAUCAAGUAGAAAAAUUAAUUCUGGAAUUAUUUUGGUUAAUUCUCUCAACAUUUUGUUUUUCCUAUUGAUUUUUUAACUACCAGUUUGCCAUCCUUGAAUUCCUGAAUUGCCAAUUCUGGUACAUUUAGUUGGAAUUAGUUAAUGAAGUAAUUUGAAGUCCUGAGCAUUUGUGAUUUAUCAGGUCUGGAAUGGAUCUUAAAAAAUGAUGCCAUCCUUGUCAGCCUUUGAGCACGUCAGGUCUUCUGUUCUCUGUCUGCUGCAGUAGCCAUUGUCAGCUGUGGCUACUCCACUCUUGCAGUGGCCAUGGUCGGAAAACCUUCUUCCCUGAAGCAGUUCUUCAAGGCUGGGAGAGGUUCGUGCCCCUGGCAUCCUGGCAUUUAUCUGCUGCCCGCUGUGAGUGCCCAUUCCUGCUUCAAAUAUCUUCCAGUAGUUUACCUUUUCUGUCCUGUCCUUGGCAGAUGACAGCACUCAGUGGCUCGCUUGAACGUUGGUCUGACCCACCGCAUGCCCCUGUGAGCUCCUUGUGUGCCAUCUCAAAGUCCUUAUCCAUAAGAUCACCAGGUUAUCCCCAUUUCAGAAUCUCUCCUGAAUGUCACAGCUAUUGGGGUUGUAGAAAUAGUCGUAGAUUUCAUGAAUAAGGCGAUUUCUGAAAAAUUUAGUGAACCCUUGGUGAUACUUUUACAUUAUCAAAAUGCUAACAUUGACCCUCUCAGCUACCGCAGUGUACUACUUAAAGAUUGUUAGGCACAAUUUAUCCACUUAGGGAAUAACAUGAAAGGUGACUUAACUAAAUUUAAAUAUUUUCUGCCUUCCCGUUGCCUGUUGUGAGUAUCUCGAGUGUGUGUGCCUAAGUGAUAUCCAUAAAUACAAGUUUUAAUCUCUUGUGAGCAGCUCUCAAUUAGAUGCAGUGGUAGAUAUGAUGGAUCAAUAGACUGGUCUAUAGGUAAGUAAUAGAAAAUAACCCAUAUCUGAUAAUCCUUCGUGACCUGGGAGCGAUCUUUCUCACAGCCCAACUGUCUACAUUUUCCUUUACGUAUUAGAUGGCUAGAGCCCUGCCUCCCUAGUUAGUAUUCACUGUUAUCUCUUGUUAUUUUAGAAUAGUGAACUUGAAAUGUAGUAUAAAGGGCACAUCAGACUUUAUCACCAUGGAAGGUAGGCCUCACAUUGAGGGUUUUUCUCUGGUCUGGACAGCCUUUUGUGUGGGGGACAGUCCAUCCCACUCCAUUUAUAAAACCUCAUUGCUGCAGGGAGAUGUGCAGGAAAAGCUAUUCUGUGUGUUGAGGUGGCCGAGCAGGUUCUCAGCCUGAGCCGUGCAGAAGGAUAUGUGGGUUUAGCCUCAGAGGCCGGCUCAGCCCUACCCCUUCUGACUGCUGUACACAGUGACAGGUUGAGCACAGUAUGGCUGCAACAGGACUUUGCGUGCAAAGAUCAAAGCAGCUGCCUCACUGUGUUAAAUAAUAAAGAAUGUGUGCACACGCCUGCAGGUUGAAUUUCAUUUUGUUUUGUUUUUUUGCGGUGCUAGAAAUGGACCACAUCCUACCACAACAGCCACAUCCUCGGCCCAGGUUGAAUAUUGAAUAGGAAAAGUCAAGGUAUGAUAAUAUCAAACUUACUGACAGUAAACGCACAGUGCACCUUGUAUGUUAGCCCAUGCUUCUUAGAAGUGUAUAAUUUAAAGGAUAAACUUAGGGGACAUUGGGUGCAUUUAAUUUUAUUGCACAUUAACUUUUUUAUUUAAAUUUUUUUAAGGACUUUGAAUUAAAAGUCUCCAUAGUCUGUGUACAAAAGAAAAUUAAAAGAAAUUGUUUUCAGUGGAACAUAACUGAUAAAAUGAGAGUAUCUGAAUAACCGAAGAUAUUAAAGAAUAUCACUUACAUUUAUUUAGGAAGGAAUUGCGUCUUUCUAAUUUGAAGUAUACUCAGUUUAGGUGUGGCCCAUCCUGCUUGAGGGAUUAUAUAUCUUACUUCAGUCUUAUCUUAGCGGGGCAGGAUACCCACAAUUUUGGAGAUAGUAGAUGAGCAUAAAUAAUUUUCACAAAUUCCCGUUUUUCCUGAAGUAGUUUUUUCCACAGUAGACAGUUAAAUGCUUCCGGUACAGCUCUCCCCUUGCCCACGCUUACACCAGUGUUUCUGGCACAGGAGCUAAGGAGCACUGGACUCACAGCCCGAGUGAUUUACUUUUAAGGGAGUAACUUGCACGAAGAGAGAGAUUAUGGUAAACAUUUUAAAUCUCAGGCUUUCGGUUCUGUUGGGUCCAGAUUACCCCAGACUUAGAGAGAGACUAUGUACCACUGACCUGUGCUGAACUGGGAACCACUUAGUGGCUGACAAUGUGUUGUGCUCAGUCGCUGCGUCGUGGGCGUCCCAGGGCAAGUGUCCACCGCUCCUUUUGUUGACUGUUGGCAUCUGAACUCCUGAAUGAACGCCAGCUGUCUCUUUAUAGAUUACUAUUUUAAAAUAUUUAUUUCAGAUGUUCAUCGGAUGCUCAAUUUUUUGAUGCAAGUUGUUUACAAAGGCAAAUAUAUAUAUUUAAUAAUUGAGAUAUUAUUUUAUCGCACAACUUAUUUCCCAAAGCAAAUUUACCUUGUAGGUGUUUGUCUUUUGAGAAGGAAAAAAUUUUUUUCUUUUGCCUCAAAAUACAAAUCGUAAUCCUGUCUUCUCUUCUGUUGUGACUCUUGUGAUACUUGCUUUUCCCCUGGUUUUGGAUUAAGCAAAAGUGAGGCAUUUGUGAACCAACUUGGAGUUGCCAGUUGAGUCGUCAGAGCUCCCAUCUGUCCUCAGGAUUCAGGGCCGUGCUGGUCAAACAUGGCAGUGUCUCCCUGCCUCAGUUUCCUCCCCUCACUGCACUUGAGUGGUCUCUGAUAGUUUGUUCUCAGCAGUUUUACAGAGGAAAACGGUCUUGGAAAACAGAGAGGCUAGAACUCUUUGUAAAACAAAUGUGUUCAGAACAUCCGUCUGCUGAUAAGUGGAUUAGGGUCAGGUCCUAGAGAGGGAAAGAGACCAGCUAGAAAGCUUUUCAUCAGUCUAGAAGGAAAAUGAAAAGUGCAAAUGUAAUAUUUUUGAUGUAAAAGCUGUGUUCCCUGUGACUUUUCAUAUGCUGAUUUAUGUUAAUGUUAUCACCUGUGAUAUGUCAGUGAGUGCAGAUAAAGAUUUAAUUUUCAACAUGAAGACAACAGUUCCUGUCUCUAUUUUUACGAUUUAGACAGUUUUGAAGACAGAUGUCAUUUACAAAUUGUAUUUUUAAGUAGAAAUAAAUCAAUUUAAAGUCAGUGUUUUCUUUUUCCUACCUUUGUCCCUUACAGAAGGCUCUGUGUUAUUAGAUAUAUAUUUAAGUUGCCAGAUUAUUUUCGGAAUUCUCUAUUUUCAUAUUGCUGUAACCAGUUUACCUCCAAUGUGCAAUUGAAUUGUUAUUUAAAUAAAUGACACGAGAUGGGA